CGUGGCAGGUCGAGUGGCAGCGGUGGCAGGUCGAGUGACAGGCGCAUAUAGCGGUGACAGGUCGAGUGGCAGCGGUGGCAGGUCGAGUGACAGGCGCAUAUAGCGGUGACAGGUCGAGUGACAGGUCUCAGUGGCAGCUGCCCCUGCCAUGCAAAGAUUUUACUCCCUCUCUGGAUUCUGGUCCAGUUAAUAUUUUCACCCCAUAAUGGCGGCCGCGCUACCGGAGCGCCUUCUAGUGACUGUUGCCCAAAAAGUAUCAGAGUGUCGCCUCUUGGGUUCUAAACUCUUUGGUGGAGAAGAGAGGCGCGUGAUGUUUUUCCCCAAACGCAUUCAGUGGAAAUCCCGCCCUGCAACCAAUUUCAAUGGCUGAGGUUACAGUGACGGGUAGGUUUGGGGAUCAGUGCCUGCGUCUCAAUGUGCAUUCUUCUAUCCAUCCAAAAUAGUAUGUGACAUUAGCAAUAUCCAAUACUACUUAGUGCGGAUAGUAUGCACAUUGGAGUGCAGGGAGUGUUUGCUUUAGGCAGUCGUCACUGUGAUUGACACGCAUCGUGGGCAAUCAUAAUAAUCCUGAAAAGUAGCCUACUUUGAAUAUUGUGCGUAUUCAUUUGCACGAAACGAAACCUUGUGAAGAACAGAAACUUAUACAAGGAGGAGCCCGUGUAGACUGACCUUGUUUUGGAGAUAACGAUACAUCCGUGAGCUCAUACAAAGUGCAGAUCGCCACUGCCAGAAAAACCAGACCACUGCUGCCCAUCAUGAUGAAUUCCCCACUGAAAAGCAACCUUGAGAGGCUGGAGUGCCACUUCACAUGGGAUCUGGGGCAAAAUCGAUAUGAGCUUCUAAAGAUGAAGAGGAACAUGGAGGAUGUGGACGAGGAAACGUGCACUUGGCCGGUUCACUAUUACAACCUGCUGGGCUACAUCCAUCAGGCUCUUGGCUCCAGCACAGAGGCGCUGAUAAACCUGGACAAAGCAGAAAGUGUGAUCCAGGAUCAGGGAACAGAAGAGGCUGGAGUCCAGCUGCAGGUCAACAAAGCUAACCUGGCUUGGGUCUACUUCCAUUUGGGAGAGAUGGAGAAGAGCAAAGAAUAUCUAGAAGAGGUGGAGAGGCUUCAGGGAAUGCAUCCUGCUCCACCUGGAUGCACUUUACACCCUGAAGUCAGUGGAGAAAAGGGCUGGACGCUGAUGAAGUUUGACUUGUCAACGAAGUGCCAGGCGAUUGAUUACUUUAAAAUGGCUUUAAAAGCACAACCAGAUAGGAAGGAAUGGUCCAAAGGACUUGCCACGGUGAUGAGCAAGCAUUGUGUACAGUUUAAAUUCACUCCAGAACAGAUUGUAGAGCAACUGAAAAUCGCACAUGAGAAAGACCUGAAUAGUUUGUUCCUUCAUGCUCGUUACUUACUAAAACUAUCUGAUCAGGAAAAUGUGUCAUCAAAAAACAUUGAAAGGGAGAUGCAAGAUUUACUAGAAAGAACUCUUGAAACUGGAAACCUGGAGGGUUUGCACUUUAUUCUCAGGUAUUAUAGAAAAGAGAUUUCUUUUGAUAAAGCUGUUCAAAUAGCAGAGAGAGUUCAAGAAAAGUUCCCCUCUUCAGUUCAAGCAUCAAAACUUUUGGCAGAAUGCUACAAAUGGAUGGUUUACAAAAUAGAAGACAGUGAGGAAAGGGAGAUUUUUGCUAGGAAAGCAAUUAAGCUCUUUGAGGAGGCUGUCAGAUAUAACUCUUACUCAUACAAAUCAAAGAUAGCCCUUGCAUCAAUGUACAGAUAUGCACACAACAGGAAGAGAUCAGAUGAGAUUUACCAGCAGCUCCUGUCAGAGAUGAAGGAUCUUUCUCCUGAUAGGCAACAGCAUAUUUAUUACAAUUAUGCCUUUCAUCUACUGGACUGCAGACAGUAUGAUGAAUCAAUCGAAUAUCACAUGAAAGUAGCAAAAAUCCCAAGUGAUUCAGUUGACAAACAGAAGAGCAUGAAGAUUCUUCAAAAAACUGUGAGAAAAGGUAAAAGCCGUCACUGUGAGGAAAUUCUGCACAUUCUGGAGAGAAAUAAUAUUUCUGAUUAAAAUGUCAUACUUCAUCAAAAACAAACAAACAGUCCUUCCAUUUGUAUAAAUUUGCCACAAUUCUAAAAAAAAUGUAUUGGAGGUGGGAAAAUUUUCUUUCUCUUGUAGCAUCUGGACCAAUCAGACACACACAAAUUAUUCAUUAUAUUUAACAAAUAAUCCAGCAAACUCACUCUCCCAACAAAGGUGUGUGAACCAUCCCCCAAAACUGCAACUAACAUCCCUAAUGCAGCCAACACCAGGUCUCUGGUUACAGGGGGGUAUUCCAGAAAUCAAGGUUAACUUGCUGUCACAUAUACCCUGAACUCUCAUUUGAUUAACCCAAACUUUGCUCACUAGAGGUAUGCUGUUUCCAAAAAUGCAUCUGGGAGUAAGUUCAGCCAACCCAGAGUAUGUUCCCGGUUAACACGCAAGACAUUCUCAACAGAGCAACGAAUAAAUGAUUUACCAUGGAAAUGGACGCUAAGAAAAACCACACUAUUCUACUACUACUUUUGUUUAAUGCCUAUUUACAUAACCAACUUGGUGCACAUCACCACCUAUUUGGUGGUUGUACCAUAAUUUUUUCAUCUUUUAAUAAGUAAUCAGUUCACUGAAAAUAGGAAUUAUAUUGUUUGUUAUAAGUAUUUAAUAAGAUAUCUCAUAUGUAUUUUAUUAUAGAAAUUAAAGCAUAGAAAACUUCUUGUUAUAAAAAUGGGGAAUAAAGCAGAUCCAUGUGUGGAUGAUAAUAAAUACAUAUAUUAGAAUUGAAUAAACAUUUAAACAUUACCACUUUAAUAAAAUCACUAUUGUUAUAUAUAGCUGUAACUAUAGAACAAUGUAUAUUUUGUUACAUUAAUAUGACUAGCUGAGCAAACUAACCCUGGAACAUAACCUGCUCCGGAGCACAUUUUUGGAACCGAAAGCUGAGGUUAUCCGCUUACUAUACUCUAUUACACACACAAACACACAUACACACACACACACACACACACACACACACACACACACACACACACACACACACACACACACACACACACACACACACACACAUAACCACUUUAGAAAUGUAUCAACAUGUAUUUAAUUUCACUGUGAUCAUUUCUUUAUAGUGUUUUGCCUAUGUAUUAAUCCGUUAAUGCAUGUGUUAGUAUUACUUGAUUAAUCAAUAUUGCAUAUAUAUCAUUCUUGAUCUCAACAAAUUUUUUUAAUGAACUACAUGAUCAUGUACACCUCAGACAUUUUUUUGGCAUAUAGAGGCACUGAAUGUACAAAUCAUUUGAUUCUGCAGUUUUGUUUACAACAAGUAACAUUUAAAGCAUGUGAUAUUGAUAAUGUUGUGUGGGCUUGACCUACUGUAAUUUGAUUGGUGAUUUGCAUAUUUACCAUCUAACAGUGAGGAAAGGAAGACUUUGGCUAUGAAAUCCAUUGAGCUGUUUGAGGAGGUUGUCAGACAUUACCCUAAUCUUUUACAUGAAAGAAAUCCCAAAAAUGAAAAAAAAAAAAAAAAAAAAAAAGUAAAGUGUAAGUCUUUAAAAGUAUUAUGAGGAGGGGCAGAGACCCUCGCUGUAGGGCAGUUCAGUAUUUUCUGGAGGGAAUUAAGACUUCUGAUUAUAAUGUGCACUAAUACUAGCCUGACUACGUCAGACUUCCUACUUCCGCUCAAUUUCAU